CACCUGCCCUCUGCCCAGGGCCAUUGCCUGGGCACUACCCUGCCAGCGUGCGUGGCAGCGUGAAGCUGGGGCCUGCUCCCUGCCACCUUCAGAGCACCCCACACACUCUCGGAGACCUAUGUCGCUGGCCCCCCAGAGCCCAGAGCAUGGCAGAUGGGGCGCAGGCCAACCACAAAGGGUUCAGGAAGAAGGUGCUGGUUAGACAGCCCUCUGGGCGGAGGGGCCCAAGCCCUGCGGCCGCUUCUCCUCCGAGAACCUCCAGCCGGAGAAGAGGCAUAGGCAUCAUAGAAUCAGCUCUUCUGAGACACCUGUGGCCCAGAGAGGCCCAACGCUCUGCCUGCAGUCACUCAGCAUUGAUUGCGGAGCAGGGCAGCCCACCACCCAGGUCCGGCCUGGGCAUGAAGAGGUUCCUCACCAUCAGCAUCCUGGCCAGCAGCGUUCUGUCCACUGCCCACGGCAGCCUGCUGAACCUCAAGUCCAUGGUGGAAACCAUCACGGGCAGAAACGCCAUCCUGUCCUUCGUGGGCUACGGCUGCUACUGUGGGCUGGGCGGCCGCGGGCAGCCCAUGGACGAGGUGGACUGGUGCUGCCACGCCCACGACUGCUGCUACCAGAAGGUCUUUGACCAAGGCUGCCGGCCCUACGUGGACCACUAUGACUACACCAUCGAGAACAGCACUGAGAUCCUGUGUAGCGAGCUCAACGAGACCGAGUGUGACAAGCAGACGUGCGAGUGUGACAAGAGCGUGGUUCUGUGCCUGCAGAAGCAGAUCUACAGGGAUCAGUACCGCGGCUACCUCAACAUCUACUGCCAGGGCCGCACGCCCAGCUGCAGCAUCUACGACCCGCCGCCCGAGGAGGUGGCCUGCGGGCUGGGCUUCCUGCCCACCCCUGCCCCGCCCUAGCCCCCUGGAGGGCUGAGAGAGAAGAGGGGCUGGCGGGCUGGCUGGAGACCGGAUGGAUGGAGCAGGUGGGGGUAGGGAGAUCCUGGGCCCUGGCAGGACCACGGCUCCCCCAGUCCUGCGCUAGGCGUGGCCGUGCCCUUGUCUCUGUUUCUAGGCACGGUGAGAAGCGUGGGGCUUGGCCGGGGGUCUCUCCUGGGGGCUGGGGAAGGCGAGGCCAGAGAGAAGGGGCGGGGCUUCCGUUGUGGUGCCAGCUUGACUCCCUGGGGACUUCAGGUUCCAGCCCCUGAGCUGCCAGCUCAGGUGCCAAGCCUGGAUGCCUCCUAGGGCCGAGAGCCCAGAGAGAGAGAGUGUGGGCAUGGGCUGGGGCCCCGGGGACCCCGGGCUGACCCUCACCGUGGCUCAGGGUGACCUCUGCUUAGGGACUUCCUGCACAGUAGGUGGCCCCACCUGGCCUUGGCCGAGGUGGCACUGGAGGGCAGGACCCAGCAGCCUGUGUCCCAGCCCUGUUACCCAGAAUGCCUCACAGCAGGCUCCCAGGCACUGAGAGGUCACGUGGCCAGGGACACUCCCACCCAAGCACGGCCCCCAGCCCUCGCAGGCCCCCCCAUGUAACAGGUUCGCCCCACCCUGCUCUGCAACACCGCCUGGUUCCCGGGAACACCCCUGCCCUCCCCAGACCUUCUGGCCCUGGGGAAUGGGCAGGGACCCCGUGUCCCUGCCAGGGGGAGGCCAGGCCAGCUCUAGACACCAGGAGUUCUAUCCACUGGGAAGAGGCCAAGGGCUGGACCCACCUCAGUGAAGAGCGUCCCAAAGGGGGGAGGGGAGAGUCAAGGCUGGAGGCUGUGCAGAACAUUCCAGAAGAUAGCAGGGCCGGGUGGUGAAGCGGGAAAGGGGAGAAGUCGGGAGUGGGGGAGACCUGGCCAGGGCGGCCGUCUCGAGUAGCAGCAAGGGAUGGCGGCAGGGGACGGCGUCUUGGGGGGCAGGGGCCAAGGGGCACGGCGGGCAGAGGUGGGGGUCCGGCCGCAGCAGGCAGUUUCUCCACUCCGCCAGGAGCCGCCGGUCCGCAGUGCGCCUUCCUGUCCGCCCCGCCCACCCUGACCUCCCGGGCGGCCAUGGCCUCCGUGCAGCCGGCCCCGGCCUUGCAUCCGCCUCCGGCCUUCGGCCUUCGUCCCCUGCCAGCCCUGAGGACACUCUGACCCCACGCCCCCUCCCCCACCCCCAGCCAGCCCCAGACCCUGAGAAAGGCCACCAGGAGGCUUGCCUGGUGGGGCCUUGCCUAGCAGUGCCCCCGCAGGCCAUAGCCCCGGGGGCGGCGGGAGGACUGAGCAGGGUGGAGGCAGAGGUGGGAUGGGCCCAGGAGCCCACAGGGCAGCUCUGGUACCGAGACAGGGGCCUUCAGCAGCCACCUCCUGCCGGCCCAGGUGUGAGGCCACAGUGGUCACCAGUGGGCCUGACCCGGCCUGCCGGGCCCUGGGAUCUUCCUGGUCCUACCUCCCAGUACCCCAGCCCCCCGCUCCAGCUCACGCCAUCUGAACCAAACCCCUCAAACCAGGGUGGAGCUGGCAUGGGGUGCCCAGGCCCUCCUGCAGGGCCCAGGCUUCCGGCCGUGCCCUUCCCAAAGCCCAGGCCGGCACUAAGGCUCGGGGGCCCUGGGGGCCCUGCCCAGCCCCCUCGGCCCCGGGCCAUCACUCCAACUCGCCCUCCCUGGCCGGCUCCAGCGUCCCUGUGGCCACUCACUCCCCUCCCAGCCUCCCGCGCUGGGGGAAGCAGGCUCCCUGAUACCCAGUGGCCGGCAAGGUCCGGUCCCCUUUUGCUCCCAGCCUAGGGGCCAUGGUCCUGCCCCAGUAGAGAGAGACUGAGGUGGGGCUGAGGCCACAGGCACCGGCGUCCACCUCUGAGUGGACAACUGGGGCCCAGAGAGGGAAAGCCACUCGCCGAUGUCACGGCGCCGGGCAGGGUCCCCCACACCUCUGCCCCAGUGAUGACCCAGGCAAGCCAGAGCAGUGGCAGGAGUGACCAAGUGACCAAGGCCCCAGCCCGCAGUGUGUGCUCUGCCUGCUCUGCCUGUAACGCACACUGAACCUCAGUUGUCCUGUCUGUGAAAUGGGUCUAUGUCUUAGGCCUGAAGUGUCAUGGGCUUGUUAUGAGAGCCACUGAUAAGGAGUAGAGGUGAGGUUGUGAAUGGGGGGGGGGUUGGAUGUCAGCGCCCUUAGGAUUCAGUUUGCAUGCAGGAUGUGCAUUCAAUAAUAUAGACGUGGGGUGGGAGCCGUGGGAGAACUCAGCAGGCAGCCGGGCCCCGGGUCACAGCCCUGCCCCUUCUCAGUUGCGGGCAGAGACCAAGCAGCUGCUACCAAAACAUGGAUUUUCCCAGAGCCCCCCGGGGUGACCUGGGGAGGAGGAGCCCCACCCCGCCUUGAGUUGAGCCACUCUGCUCCCCCUGUAGUGAAGGGCGGGGCGGGAGGGAGCGCUGUGGCUGCACCGCGUGGGAAGUCGCCGGCCGUGUCGGGGCCCGGGGCAAGCUCGGGACGCUCUGCCCUGGUCCAGCUGCCCGGAGCGUGCACCUGACAGGCAGAGGCGACGCCUCAGUAGCUGGGUCCUUGUCACCCACGUGGGAGACAGGGAAGGAGCUCCUGGCUCCUGGCGUCAGCCUGGCCCAGCCCUGGCUGUUACGGCCAUUUGGGGAGUGAACCAGCAGAUGGACGACCUCUCUCUCUCUCUCUCUCUCUCUCUCUCCCUCCCUCUGUCUCUGCCUUUCAAAUAAAUUAAAAA